AUGUCGCACGAGUCGUCGUGCCUCGCGCAGACGUCCUCCUCCGCCGCCGCGGGCUUCUUCGUCGGUACCCUCGCGGGCGGCCUCGGCGCGAUGUGGGACAGGGUCCCCGCGGUGAUGCAGAACCGAUCGCUCCCCGCGCUCGCGAAGACCGCGGGCGUGAUGGGAUCGACCGGCGGCGUCCUCGCCGCGAUCGGCGCGGCGUACAGCGGCGCGAAGUGCGCGUCCGCGGGGAUCAGGGGGGAGGACGACAUCUGGAACGGCGUCGUGGGCGCGCUCGCGGCGGGGCAGAUCUUCGGCGUCCGCGGUCGGAGCGUCGGGCUAGGGUUGGGGUGCGGCGCGACGCUCGCGGUCGUCUCCGCGACGCUGGACGCGAGAGGA